GCAUUAAAAUCAUCAGGCGAUAUGAACUUCGCUUUACACGGAUUUAAUAAAUAGUAAACGUGUGGAAGUAUUUUUAUUCAAAUUUCGUGUGCCUUUUCAUUUUGCUGCGCAUGCGCAUAUCGCCAGAAUUUCGUCGGCAUGACAGAUUUCCUAACCUUCAAAAGUGGCAUCUUUCUUUUCACACUACCGAGCAACGAUUUUUACUUUUCAAAUCAUUGUUUUUAUGUAAAAAGUCAUCGAUUAAGUGUAUUUUUAUCAAAAUCUAAGUAGAGCGGGUUAUUCUAAACAUUUACUGGAACAGAAAUAAAAUUGAAGAGGAAGAAACCUAAACAGGAAAGAAGGAGUCUGAGAAGACAUGUUCUAACGUUUAAGAAAAACUUGGUUCAUUAACUCCAAAUUUGAUUUAUAUUGUUAUCCUGAUUGGACUGUUUAUUCUGUGAUAAUGGGCUCUGAUCAUACGAACAGACGAUGGAGUAAUUUGCGUAAAGUGUUGGAGAGAUCUGGUCCGUUUUGUCGACCGGAUUUCGAGCCAUCUUCUGAGAAUCUGCAGAUGCUCCUAGAGCGUUGCAAAGUGCUCGUUGUCGGUGCUGGUGGUUUAGGAUGCGAGCUAUUAAAAAAUUUGGCUCUGAUGGGAUUUAGACAUAUCCAUGUGAUUGAUAUGGAUACAAUCGAGUUGUCUAACCUCAACCGACAGUUCUUAUUUCGUCACAAAGAUAUUGGAUCUUAUAAGGCGGAGGUAGCUGCGAGAUUUAUCAAUGCUAGAGUGCCUGGUUGCAAUGUAAUUGCACAUAAUUGUGAGAUACAAGCUAAAGAUGCAGCGUUUUACCAACAGUUUCAUAUAAUAAUCUGUGGAUUAGAUUCAAUUGUCGCAAGAAGAUGGCUUAAUGGUAUGCUAAUAUCUUUGCUUGUCUAUGAAAAUGGUACGUUGGAGCACAGUAGUGUUAUACCAUUGAUAGAUGGUGGAACUGAAGGUUUUAAAGGAAAUGCCCGAGUUAUAUUGCCUGGUAUGAAUCCAUGUAUUGAGUGUACCUUGGAUCUCUAUCCUCCACAGGUCACAUAUCCUUUAUGUACAAUAGCCAACACUCCGCGUUUACCAGAGCACUGUGUAGAAUAUGUAAAAAUAAUUCAAUGGCCAAAAGAGAAUCCAUUCGAUUGCGCGAUUGAUGGAGACGAUCCCCAGCAUAUAAACUGGAUUUACGAAAAGUCGAUCGAAAGAGCGACGCAAUUUGGCAUACAGGGCUUAACAUAUAGACUUGUACAAGGUAUCAUUAAGAAUAUUAUACCGGCUGUGGCGUCGACGAACGCCGUUAUCGCCGCUAUCUGCGCGACAGAAGCAUUUAAACUUGCAACCAGUUGUAGCGCAUCUUUAAAUAAUUACAUGGUACUUAACAAUUUGGACGGAGUUUACACGUACACUUAUGAAGCAGAGAAAAAGCAAAAUUGCCUGGCAUGUAGCCAAAUACCACGAGAGAUUGAAAUCAAAGAUUCAAGAUACAAACUGCAAGACUUGAUUGAGCUUCUUUGUGAACGACCAGAUUUCCAAAUGAAAAAUCCCGGGCUUACAGCGAUUAUAAACGGUAAAAAUAAAACUUUGUACAUACAAACGGUGUCGAGCAUCGAGCAAAAGACUCGCGAGAAUCUGUCGAAGACUUUGAUCGAGCUAGGUUUAAAAGACGAUACUGAAAUAAACAUCGCCGAUAUUACAACUCCCAAUACAGUUAUUCUGAAAUUAAAAUUUUUACAUAAUGAUAGAAUAAGUCGGCAGUAAUCACGCUGAAAAUUUUGUUUUCAAAUAUCGCACUUCUUCUCUCAUUACUUGUAUUUAUAUUAUUUGAAUUAAUUUUAUAUAUAAAGCAGAUUAAAAAAUAUAAAAAUGUAAGAAAAUAUAAUGAAGUCAAAAAUCGCUUAAGCACCAUUGCACGUGAAAAAAUUUUCGUAAUCGUAAUGGCGUAAGCAAACUAAUCACAGUCAAACAUUCUUAUUAUGUUGUAAAAAUACUUGAUUGUGAUUGGUCGAUUUGCUUAUGGCCUUACGGUUAUGACUAAUUUUUUCACAUGAUUGGCCUUUAUACAUGCGAUUACACAUUAUUCUAUAUAUGUUUAUAUGAGAAAUAUCUUGUUACAUAUGUCAAAAUCGUUAAAAGCUACAAUUGUGUGUAAUUUAUUGCACAUUAUUUCUUAAUAAUUAUUAAUGCGAUUUUCUGUGAUUUUUAAAUAAUAUUGUAAUAAAGUAUAUGAUAUAAAAAAAAUUGAUCGGAAAUAAUAAUCAAUCUAUAAACAAAUGUAGAAAUAUAUUUAGUAUUUGAACAAUAAAAACAUGAUUAUAAACAUUAUUUUAUAUUGCUAUAACAUCCUCAUCUUGAUUAGAAAUUACACAAGAAAUAUCAAUUUGUCACAUAAGAUAUAUCAGAAGUGUUUAUAGUCUCCAAUUGUGUAUAAUUUAUUGUACAACAACAUUAUUUGUUAAUAAUGAUUUUUUGUAGUUCUCAAAUGAUAUUAUAAUAAAAUAUAUGAUAAAAAAGUUCAGUAGUAGUAGUAGUCAAUCUAUAUAUAUACAUAUAUAAAUGUAGAGAAAUAUAUAUAUAUAUAUAGUAUUUGAACAAUUAAGACAUGAUUGUAAAUAUCAUUCUAUAUAUUUCUGUAAUUACAUCCUCGUUUUGAUAAAAGAUCAUAUAUCAUAGCAAAAUUAUUAACAAAUAAUGAUAAUCAUAAAUAUAAAAUUCAGCUUGCAUAAUUAUAAGUCUCCAGAUUAAGAUGAUAUUCUUUCCCUUUUUUCUUUCUACAAAUAUAUAUAGUAUUUUGUGUAUUAUAUAUUUAACUACAUUUACAGAGAGAAAUGGAGUAAUAUAUAAUGAGUCAUGAAAUAUAUGUACGUGUCAAAAUUUAUACUUGUUAGCUUAUUAUCAAGCAUUUUUAUAACAA